UAUUUUUAUUUUUAUUUUUAUUUUUAUUUUUAUUUUGAUUGGAUUGUUUUUAAAUAUUUUUGUUCUCUUUUCGGUUGGUUAAUGAUUGAAAGUGAAAAAAAGCUAUAUUAAUUGAAUGAAAUUUAUGUUUGGUUAAAACAAAAUUAGACAUUUUAUAUUGGAGAUGAUUGAUUUAUAUGGAGGAUGAAAAAACCCACAAUAGUGUUUUUUUUUCUUGGUGUUCUGUUUUUAUGAUCAAGGAGGAAGGACGUUUGCGUGGUUUGGAAGAGAAAUAUGGGCAAAGGAGCGAAAACAAUGUGAAGGGAGACAUAGUGAAGAAAACAGUCCGCGGAGAAAACGGAGAGAGAGGCGACGAAAUAAAACAGUGGCUAAGUAAAGCUAUCCAUAUUCUAAGAACAUGAUGUUGUUUUCCAUGCUGAAUUAUAGCCCAUUUCCAGAGUUUUGAAGAGAAAGAAGAGAAAAGAAGAGGAAGAAGUAAGGGCAGUGUAGCAAUACAAGGGCUUUAUAAAGAAAUAGGGAGCAGGACAGUCAAAUGAGUGAAUGGAAAGGGUGGAAUACAGAAAUGGAGCCUAUUUUGAGGAAGACUGAAGAUGGCAAUCAAAUAGGCAGGUCUUAUUUGGAAUGGGUGAGUGCUGCUUGUAAUUAUGUUUUGUGUUCAUGUAUUGGAGAGAAACUGAAGUUGAAACUGGUCAAACCAGUGCAGGCA